AUGAAACUUCCUUAUAGGAAGCCAGUGACACCAGUAAGCUUCCCCAGUUUAACCCCCGAGCAGCAGCUGGUCAUCAUGCACAUGCAGGAGGAGCUGGAGAACCUGACAGAACCCACGCCCACUGAGUUAGAGAGGUACAUGCACUACAUCAGCACGGGGCUCCAGGAGGACGCGGUCGCCCCUCAGCCCCCCCACCACCUCACCAACAUCCUUAAACUCCUCCCCCGCCGUUUCCACGGCAACCAGACGCUGUUAAACCUUUUGGAAGAAGAGAAGAGCUGUUUUAAUUUCAGCCACCGCAAAAGCAUCGUGGACUACAUCCUGAUGGACGAGAAGCAAAGGAAGAGGCUGUCCAUCUCCAGCGUUCCUCGUCCGUUUCCUCAGCAUGUGAUCCGCGCUCCAGUUCCCUGGUUCCACACCUACAGACUCGCUCACACCUGGUGCACACGACACCUUCACACCAUCAAUCCCAUCAUGCACCAGCUGCAGGAACUCUGGAUCAACAACUUCUCAGACCUGCGUUUUGUGGAUCUUGGGGACUUUGAGAAUCUGCCACUGCUCCCAUCAGAGUUCCAGCAGUUCAUACACACACAGUGUCAGACUGUCAGAGACUUGCUCAUUAAUACGUGGUUGCCACAGUGUGCAUCACUUUUCUUUACCUAUAAGGACGCCUGGCUGUCCCUGGUGCCACAGAGGGACGACGUUGUCCCGGUAGAAGCGCAGAGGUUUUUCUCCUGCGUGGCUGCUCUGAUGUCACUGCAGCUCCGCGGUCUGGUCAUCACGUCGCUGCAGGAGCUGCUGCACCUCCUGUCACGGCACCGGGACGGUAAUGAUUUUGGAGAGUUUUAUGAUGAGUUGCGUUACACACAGCGCCCCCUGCUGUUGGUCAAGCUGAGGGUAGAAGAGUCAAAGGUCACGUUUCAGCCUCCGCUGUCUCAGUGCUGGGAGCUCAUUGAGUUCUCGUUCAUGCACAUCAUCAGCAGUGCUGACCGCCUUCCCCGGGUGGAGUGUACGCUGUUCCCUGAGCUCCAGAGGAGGGGUGUAACUCUGCGCUCUGUCAGACAGGAUGAGGCGCUGGUGACCAACCUGCUGAGGCGAGCCAGAGUCAUUUAUCAAAGGAACACUGUAGGACCACACAGGUAUUUGGAAAUGUAUAAUAAAUACAGCAAUCUACUUGAUGGAUCAGCCAGACAGGAUGUUCUCUCAUUCAUCCAGGAGAAGCAUUCUCUGCAUGGCUUUGUCAAAAAGAUUAAGAGCGUGAACAGUGUGUGGAGUGAGAUCUCCUCUCUACGUGUGACUGUCCCUCUGUCACUCUUCUGUCUGGAGGCUGUGAAGCUCCACCAGGAUCUGUGUGACCGAACGGAGGACCUGAAACACCUUCUGGUCACCUGCGAGCUGCAGGAGAACCGACACCUCAACCAGGGUAUCUGUCAGCAGUACCAGCAGAUUAUGAACACAGCGAUGAGUGUUCCUGGAAACACAGAGGAACUGGUGGAGCUCUGUCACUUCCUGAAACACACCAGCGAUGUGACCGUACACACACUGCGAGAUGAAAUUAGUGAAGCGGCCCAGCGCUUACAGUUCCUGCUGGACUACGCCACCCUCACAGAUGAUGACUUUAAGUUAAACAGCAGAGUGUUCCACUGGCCAGAGAAGAUCAAUACUGUGUGUGAGGUCUGUAAGGACAAACUGGCCAAUCAGAGGCUUUGUGUUGAGGACCAGCUGCGCAACAGAAUUGCAGAGCUGGAACAAACACUGCAGGGUUUAUUUAAAGACAUGGACGUGUUUAAGAAGAAGGAAGUGAUGAGUGUGGACGAGAUGAAGAGCAACGUGGAGAAGCUCAGCGAGAUCACAGCGUGCCUGGAGAACGCCACUACACAGCUCGAGUACAUUAAUAAGGAGGAGAGUUUGUUGGAGAGAGAGCAGACUCAGUUCCCCCUCCUGCAGACCAUCAUGACCAACAAACAGCCGUACGACCAGCUGUGGAGCACCGCGCUGAACUUCUACACCAAGUCAGACGUCUGGAUGAAUGGCCCCUUCACACAGCUGAGUGCAGAGCAGAUCUCUGAUGAUCUCUCCAGCAUGUUCAGACACGUCUACGGCCUAAAGAAGGUUUUCUCCGAGGUUUCGGCUCCACGCAGGGUGGCAGAGAGCGUACGCAGCAAAAUCGACAAGUUCAAGCAGCACCUGCCGGUCCUGGGCAUCAUCUGUAACCCGGGGAUUAAAGCACGGCACUGGGCACAGAUCAGCAGCAUCGUGGGAUGUGACGUGACCCCGGACACACACACUUCUCUCCUCAGCAUGGUGGAGCUCGGCCUGAACAAACACACUGACAGGUUAGAGGAGAUGGCAGCGUGUGCCAGUAAGGAGUACUCUCUGGAGAAAGCUCUUGAAAAGAUGAAAAACGAGUGGACAGAGCUGCAGUUUGGCUUCAAACCAUACAGGGAUACGGGUACAAGUGUUGUCUCAGCAGUGGAUGAUAUUCAGGUAUUGUUGGACGAUCACAUCAUCAAGACACAAACAAUAAAGGGAUCUCCAUCCAUCAUACCUAUUGAGGCAGAGUGCAAGCAGUGGGAGGAGAAGCUGUUGCAGAUGCAGGACAUUUUGGACGCCAUGCUGAAGUGCCAGUCGUCCUGGCUCUACCUGGAGCCCAUCUUCAGCUCAGAGGACAUCAUCGCCCAGAUGCCUGAGGAGGGACGCAAGUUCAGCAUCGUCGACACCUGCUGGAGGGACAUGAUCGCUGAAGCGAUAAAGGAUACACAUGUGUUAGUGGCCACAGCGCAGCCCAAAAUGCUGGAGCGUCUCCAGGAGUCCAACGUCCUUCUGGAGGACAUUCAGCGCGGACUGAACACUUACUUGGAGGAAAAAAGACUCUACUUUCCCAGGUUCUUCUUCCUGUCCAACGACGAGCUGUUGGAGAUCCUGUCCGAGACGAAGGACCCUGAGCGAGUCCAGCCGCACCUGAAGAAGUGCUUCGAGGGAAUCGCUAAGCUGGAGUUCACCGCCGAGCUCGAGAUCAGCGGCAUGAUCAGCUCCGAGAGAGAGACCGUCCCCUUCACUGAGGCCGUCUACCCCGCUAAAGCCAAGGGCAUGGUUGAGAAGUGGCUGCUGGAGGUUGAACAAACAAUGUUGAGGAGUGUAAGGGAUGUCAUUAAGGGAGGGUUAGAGCAAUACCCUGAGGUCCCGAGGAAAGAGUGGGUGUUGCAGUGGCCUGGUCAGGUGGUUAUCUGUGCUUCCUCCAUUUUCUGGACCAGUGAGGUGUCUAACGCUAUACAGAAUAAUGCUCUGUCUGCGUACGUGGAUCAGUGUAACGCUCAGAUUGCAGACAUUGUUGAGCUGGUGAGGGGAAAGCUCUCAGGAGGAGCCAGACUCACACUGGGAGCUCUAACUGUAAUUGAUGUCCAUGCGCGUGAUGUUGUGGCGAAGCUGGCGACGGAGGGUGUGUCCUCUCUGAACGACUUCCAGUGGAUGUCACAGCUGAGGUAUUACUGGGAGGGGGAGGAGGUCAUGCUCAGGAUGAUCACCACUGAGGUCACAUACGGGUACGAGUACCUGGGGAACUCACCACGACUCGUCAUCACCCCGCUAACAGACCGCUGCUACAGGACACUAAUGGGAGCGCUGAAGCUGAAUCUGGGCGGAGCUCCUGAGGGACCUGCAGGAACAGGAAAAACCGAGACCACCAAGGACCUGGCCAAGGCUCUGGCCAAGCAGUGUGUGGUGUUUAAUUGUUCAGAUGGUCUGGACUAUAAGGCGAUGAGUAAGUUCUUCAAAGGUUUGGCUCAGUCGGGGGCGUGGGCCUGCUUCGAUGAGUUUAACCGCAUUGAGGUGGAGGUGUUAUCAGUGGUGGCCCAGCAGAUCUUGAGCAUCCAGCAGGCCAUAGUGAAGAACCUGCAGCGCUUCAUGUUCGAGGGAACCGAGCUCUCCCUGAACCCAACCUGCUGUGUGUUUAUCACCAUGAACCCAGGAUACGCCGGCCGCGCAGAGCUGCCGGAUAACCUUAAAGCUCUGUUCCGUACAGUAGCCAUGAUGGUGCCAGACUAUGCACUGAUUGGAGAGAUCUCGCUCUACUCCAUGGGCUUUAUUCAGUCCCGCAGCCUGGCGCAGAAGAUCGUAGCGACGUAUCGCCUGUGCUCGGAGCAGCUCUCCUCACAGCAUCACUACGACUACGGCAUGCGCGCCGUCAAAUCGGUCCUGACCGCGGCGGGGAACCUGAAACUGAAGUUCCCUCAGGAGGACGAGAGCGUGGUGCUGCUCAGAGCGCUCAUGGACGUCAACAUGGCCAAGUUCCUCGCGCAGGACGUCCCGCUCUUCCAGGGUAUCAUAUCAGAUCUCUUCCCUGGUGUGGUGUUGCCGAAGCCUGAUUAUGAGUUAUUACUGAAAGCUCUUCAUGAGAACAUUAACAAACUCAAACUGCAGCCUGUUCCCUGGUUCAUCAGCAAGAUCAUACAGGUGUAUGAGAUGAUGCUGGUGAGGCACGGCUUUAUGAUUGUCGGUGAGCCACUUGGAGGGAAGACCUGUGCGUAUAAAGUUUUAUCAGGAGCUCUGGAAGGCCUGUAUGAGGGAGGUCUGGUGGAGGAGUUCGCUGUGGAGUUCCGCAUCAUCAACCCCAAGUCCAUCACCAUGGGUCAGCUGUACGGCUGUUUCGACCCCGUCAGCCACGAGUGGACGGACGGCGUCUUGGCCACGACGUUCCGCGAGCAGGCGCAGACGGCGUCCGAAAGCCGCCAGUGGAUCGUGUUCGACGGGCCGAUCGACGCCGUGUGGAUCGAGAACAUGAACACUGUACUGGACGACAACAAAAAGUUGUGUCUGAUGAGUGGAGAGAUUAUCCAGAUGAGUUCUAAGAUGAGUCUGAUCUUCGAGCCGGCCGACCUGGAGCAGGCCUCACCAGCCACUGUCAGCAGGUGUGGUAUGAUCUCCAUGGAGCCCCACCAGCUAGGCUGGACUCCACUCAGAGACUCGUACAUGGACACACUCCCAGACAGCCUGUCUCCAGAACACCGUGAAGUGAUUAUGGAUCUCUUUGAUUGGCUGGUGCAGCCAUGUUUGGACUUCAUUGCUCACAAUUGCUGUUUCCUGGUGCAGACUUCACCCAUCCACCUCGCCUUCAGUCUAAUGCGCCUGUACUCCUGUCUGCUUGAUGAGAUUGCGGCAGCAGGUCAGGAGGGGGCGGAGCCUAUGUCCAGUCAGCACGUGACCAUGUGGCUGCAGGGCUUGUUCCUAUUCGCUGUGGUGUGGACGGUAGGCGGAACUAUUACCGGAGACAGCAGGAAGAAGUUUGAUGUCUUUUACAGGAACCUGCUGACAGGGACGAUGGACGAGCACCCGAGACCCAAAAGCGUCAAACUCACCAUGAACAGCAUCUUCCCAGAGAGUGGCUCGGUGUAUGAUUAUUAUUUUCAUAAGCAUGGACCAGGACAGUGGAACACAUGGACCGACUCCAUCACCAAGGACGAGGGCACCAUACCACCUGGAGCUAAUGUGUCUGAUCUGAUCAUCCCCACCAUGGAGACGGCGCGUCAGUUCUUCUUCCUGAGGACCUUCCUGUCUCACCAGGUGCCGCUGCUCUUCGUGGGUCCUACAGGAACCGGCAAAUCCAUCAUCAACUCGAACUUCCUGAUGUCUCUACCUAAAGAGCAGUACACGCCCAACUGCCUGAACUUCUCUGCUCGCACCUCCGCCAACCAGGUGCAGGACAUCAUCAUGGCCAAGCUGGACCGGCGCCGCAAAGGUGUGUUUGGACCACCACCGGGGAAGAAGUGCAUCGUCUACGUGGAUGACCUAAACAUGCCUGCGAAGGAGGUUUACGGAGCUCAGCCCCCCAUCGAACUGCUGCGACAGUGGAUCGAUCAUCAGCACUGGUACGACAAGAAGGACACGUCCAGGCUGGACAUCGUGGACGUGCUGUUUAUCUCUGCCAUGGCGCCCCCUGGUGGUGGAAGGAAUGACAUCACAGGUCGUUUUACACGUCACCUAAACAUCAUCUCCAUCGACUCGUUUGAUGAUGAGACUCUCAGUAAGAUCUUCACCUCCAUCACUGACUGGCACUUCAGUACGGGAUUCGACGCCUCCCUCUGCAGGCUGGGGAAGAUCCUGGUUCAGGCCACUAUGGCGGUGUAUAAGGAUGCGAUAAAGAGUUUCCUGCCCACUCCGUCCAAAUCUCACUACAUAUUCAACCUCAGAGACUUUGCCAGGGUUAUCAAAGGAGUGCUGCUGUGUCCACACACACACAUACAGGAUGGUGAUAAACUGAUCAGGUUGUGGAUCCAUGAGGUGUACCGCGUCUUCUACGACCGUCUGAUCGACAGCAAGGACAGAGAGACGUUCUUCAACAUCGUCCGAGAAAGAACCUCAACCUGCUUCAAACACAGUCUGGAUAAGCUCCUGUGCCAUCUCUCUCCGAAUGGUAAAGUGUCAGAUGAGAGCAUUAGAUCCCUUAUUUUCGGUGACUAUGCCACACCAGAUUUGGACGCGAACAGGACGUAUGAUGAGAUCCGAGACCUUCAGUCGCUUACCGGCAUCAUGGAAAAUCAGCUGCAGGAGUUUAACAGCUUGAGCACGGCCCCUAUGAGCCUCGUCAUGUUCCAGUUCGCCAUCGAGCACAUCUCUCGCAUCUGCCGCGUGCUAAAGCAGGACAACGGCCACCUGCUCCUCGUGGGCAUCGGAGGAUCUGGGCGCAGCAGCUCUGCCAAACUCGCCACCUUCAUCAGUCAGUACAAGCUCUUCCAAAUCGAGCUCACCAAGAACUACGGCAGGGCCGAGUGGAGGGACGACCUGAAGCGUGUGAUGACCAAGGCCGGGGUGGAGGGUGAAAAGACCACGUUCCUCUUAGGAGAUGGACAGUUGAAGGAUGAGAUGUUUGUGGAAGAUGUGAACACACUUCUAAACACCGGAGACGUGCCUAACCUGUUCGCACAGGAUGAGCGCGCCGACAUCGUGCAGAAGAUGCAGAGCAUCGGCAAGAACCAGGGCAGAAAAAUCGACGCCACGCCACUCUCUAUGUACAACUUCUUUAUCGACAGGGUCAAAGAGAACCUGCAUAUUGUUCUGGCUAUGAGCCCAAUCGGUGACACAUUUCGGAACCGCCUCCGCAUGUUCCCGUCUCUGAUUAACUGCUGCACCAUCGACUGGUUUCAGGCGUGGCCUACAGACGCACUGGAGAUGGUCGCUAACAAAUUCCUGGAAGACGUAGAACUGGAUUUUAGCAUACGGAGAGAGGUGGUGGAGAUGUGUAAGAUGUUUCAGGAGAGUGUGGAAAGGCUCUCAGAGCAGUAUUACUCACAGCUGCGCAGACAUAACUACGUCACUCCCACCUCCUACCUAGAGCUGAUCCUCACCUUUAAGACACUUCUGAUGGACAAGCGCGGUGAGGUGGACACGUUCAGGAACCGCUACCUGAGCGGACUGGACAAACUCGACUUUGCCGCCUCACAGGUGGCAGUGAUGCAGCAGGAACUGACCGCUCUUCAGCCUGAGCUGAUCAGAACCUCAUCAGAGACAGAUGAGAUGAUGGUGAAGAUCGAGAAGGAGACCGUGGAGGUGGAUGCGAAGAAAGAGCUCGUCGCUGCUGAUGAGAAAGUAGCCAAUGAGGCUGCAGCAGCUGCGAAAGCCAUUAAGGACGAGUGUGAAGGAGACCUUGCAGAAGCAAUGCCAGCACUGGAAGCAGCUCUUUCAGCUCUGGACACUCUAAAACCUGCUGACAUCACAGUGGUAAAGUCCAUGCAGAACCCUCCAGGUCCUGUUAAACUCGUCAUGGAGUCCAUCUGUGUAAUGAAGGGCAUCAAACCCGAGAGGAAACCAGAUCCUGGAGGUUCUGGUAAGAUGAUUGAGGAUUAUUGGGGUCCAUCCAAGAAGCUGCUGGGGGAUAUGAAGUUCCUGGAAAGCCUUAAAGCCUUUGAUAAAGACAACAUCCCUGCCGCCAACAUCAAGAAGAUCCGUGAGAAGUUUAUUGACAAUAGUGAUUUUCAACCUGCGCUCAUCAAAAAUGUCUCAUCUGCCUGUGAGGGUUUGUGCAAGUGGGUCCGAGCCAUGGAGGUGUAUGAACGUGUGGCUAAAGUGGUGGCUCCAAAGAAGGAGAGGCUCUGCAAGGCAGAGGAAGAGCUGGCAGUUCAAAUGAAGACUCUUGAAGUGAAGCGGGGUGAGUUGAAAGCUGUGGAGGACCGUUUGUCCUCUUUGAAUGAUACAUUUGGUAAGAUGAUGCAGAAGAAAAAGGAUCUGGAAGACAACAUUGAGAUGUGCUCACAGAAACUGAUCCGGGCAGAGAAGCUGAUUGGUGGACUGGGAGGGGAAAAGGAGAGGUGGACAGAAGCAGCACGACUCCUUGGAAUCAAAUACACCAACCUGACCGGGGAUGUGCUUCUUUCUGCAGCCACAGUCUCAUACCUGGGGGCUUUUACAGUAGAUUACCGGGUAGAGUGCCAGCUGGAAUGGCAUAAGGUUUGCAUGAAAAGGAAAAUACCAUGUUCUGAAGACUUCACACUCAGCAACACUCUUGGUAAUCAAGUCCUGAUCCGGGCAUGGCAGAUCGCUGGGUUACCUGUAGACUCUUUCUCCACAGACAAUGGCAUAAUUGUGACAAAUUCCCGUCGCUGGCCACUCAUGAUAGACCCUCAGGGACAGGCCAACAAGUGGAUCAAGAACAUGGAAAAGUCCAACAAGCUGUCCAUCAUCAAGCUCUCUGAUAGCAACUAUGUGCGAACAUUAGAAAACGCCAUCCAGUUUGGAACUCCUGUCCUCCUGGAGAAUGUCGGCGAGGAGCUGGAUGCUGUUCUCGAGCCAGUUCUUCUGAAGCAGACAUUCAAGCAGCAAGGUGUGGAAUACCUGAAGCUCGGCGAGAAUAUAAUAGAAUAUUCGCAAGGCUUCCAGUUCUAUAUGACAACUGGGUUAAGGAACCCACACUACUUGCCUGAAGUAGCUGUGAAGGUGUGUUUGCUGAAUUUCAUGAUUACACCACUUGGGCUUCAAGACCAGCUUCUUGGUAUUGUUGCUGCUAAAGAGAAACCAGAACUGGAGGAAAAGAAAAACCAACUUAUCCUAGAAAGUGCAGCCAACAGCAAGCAGCUUAAGGAGAUUGAGGACAAGAUACUGGAGGUUCUCUCCUCAUCGCAAGGAAACAUCCUUGAAGAUGAGACAGCUAUCACAGUCCUGUCAUCUUCCAAGGUCCUUUCUGAGGAGAUCUCAGAGAAGCAGAAGAUUGCAAGUGAAACAGAGAAGGAGAUCGACAGGACGAGGAUGGGAUACCGCCCUGUGGCUGAGCACUCAUCUAUCCUGUUCUUCUGCAUCUCUGAACUGGCCAACAUUGAGCCAAUGUACCAAUACUCAUUCACAUGGUUUAUCAGUCUCUACCUUCACUCCAUCUCUCAAAGUGUACCAAGUGGACACUUAACUACACGUAUUGCUAACAUCCUGGAUCAGUUUACUAUGAGCAUCUACAACAAUGUGUGCCGCUCACUUUUUGAGAAAGACAAACUGCUUUUCUCACUGCUGCUAACUGUUGGAAUCAUGCAGGGCAAAGGUCAGAUUAACGACCAUAUCUGGCGCUUUCUGCUCACUGGUGGCAUUGCACUAGAUAACCCACACCCAAAUCCUGCUCCUGAGUGGCUCUCGGAUAAAGCGUGGUCAGAGGUGGUCCGGGCCUCAAAGCUCCCUGGUCUUGAAGGUCUUUUUGAGGAUGUGCGUGAAAACAUGGCUGGGUGGAAGCAGGUGUACAGCUCAAGCCGUCCGCAUGAGGAGCAUUUCCCAGGCAAAUGGCACACCUUGGUGGGCAUGGAGCGUAUGGCAGUGCUCCGCUGCUUCCGCCCUGAUAAACUCGUUCCUGCUGUGCAGCAGUUUAUUGUCGUGAACAUCGGUCAAUCCUAUAUCGAACCUCCGACUUUCGACCUGGCAAAAAGCUACAGUGACUCAAACUGCUGCUCUCCUCUAAUCUUUAUACUCUCGCCAGGAUCGGAUCCCACCGCAGUGUUGUUAAAGUUUGCAGAAGAUGUAAAUAUGGGGGGCAGUAAGACACAGGCUGUGUCCCUCGGUCAGGGGCAGGGUCCUGUCGCUGCUAGCAUCAUAAAGUCAGCUUUUAGCAAUGGAACAUGGGUUGUCCUGCAAAACUGUCAUCUAGCAAGCAGCUGGAUGCCAACACUGGAAAAGAUAUGUGAGGAGGUGAUCACACCUGAGAACACACACCCUAAUUUCAGGCUGUGGUUGACCAGUUACCCAUGUGAGAAGUUUCCGGUCAGUAUCCUGCAGAAUGGAGUGAAAAUGACUAAUGAGCCUCCUAAAGGUCUGAGAGCCAAUCUGCUACGCUCCUACCUCACUGACCCUCUGUGUGACCCUGGAUUCUUCUGUAGCUCCAACCAACCCCAUGCCUGGAGGAAGCUGCUCUUCGGUCUCUGCUUUUUCCAUGCACUUGUCCAGGAGAGGAGAACCUAUGGCUCGCUAGGGUGGAAUAUACCCUACGAAUUUAACGAAUCAGAUCUGAGGAUCAGCAUGCGUCAGAUUCAGAUGUUCCUGGAUGAGUAUGAGGAUGUUCCUCUAGAGGCUCUGACAUACCUGACUGGUGAGUGUAAUUAUGGUGGGAGGGUGACUGAUGAUAAGGAUCGCAGGCUUCUGCUGUCCCUGCUGUCCACCUUCUACAGCUCUGAGCUCAUCGAGCAGGAUAGAUACAGACUGUGUGAGGGAGACAUGUACUACGUACCACCUCAUGGACCCUACGAGAGCUAUGUGGACUACAUCCGCAGCCUGCCAAUCACAGUCGAGCCCGGAGUCUUUGGUCUACACAGCAAUGCUGACAUCACCAAGGACAACCAGGAGACCAAUCAGCUUUUAAACGGAGUCUUACUCACUCUACCCAGGCAAACAGGGGGCGGAGCCAAAUCUCCUCAAGAAGUGGUAGAUGAGUUGGCGGAGGACAUCAUGUCAAAGUUACCACCAGAUUAUAACAUUGAGAAGGUGAUGUCUCAGUAUCCAGUGAUGUACGAGGAGUCCAUGAACACGGUACUGCGGCAAGAGGUCAUCCGCUUUAACAGGUUGACGGAGGUGGUUCGCAGCAGCCUGGUCAACAUCCGGAAGGCUCUAAAGGGGCAGGUGGUGAUGUCCGUGGAGCUAGAGGACGUUUUCAACAGCAUGCUGGUUGGGAAAGUUCCAGCCAUGUGGGCCGCUAAGUCUUACCCCUCACUUAAACCUCUGGGCAGCUACGUCUCUGACCUGUUGGCCAGACUGCACUUCCUACAGGAGUGGAUAGAUAAUGGGCCUCCAGCUGUGUUUUGGCUGUCUGGGUUCUACUUCACACAGUCGUUCCUCACCGGAGUGUCUCAGAAUUUUGCACGCAAAUACACCAUCCCCAUCGACUAUAUCGGCUUUGAGUUUGAGGUGAUGAAGCAGGAGAAUGAGAUGGAGGUAAAGCCUGAGGAUGGUGCAUACGUACGUGGACUGUUCCUGGAGGGAGCUCGGUGGGAUCUAGAGCGUAUGGUCAUCGGAGAAUCGCUUCCCAAAAUCCUCUUUGACUCUCUUCCCAUCAUCUGGCUAAAGCCCGGAGAAAGCAGCAGAUUCCUGCACGAGAGUGUGUAUGUGUGUCCCGUGUACAAAACAAGCGCGAGGAGAGGGACGUUGUCCACCACUGGGCACUCCACUAACUAUGUCCUGUCCAUCGAGCUGCCCUCAGACCGGCCGCAGAAACACUGGAUCAACCGCGGGGUCGCUGCACUCUGCCAGCUGGAUGACUGAGCACAUAUACACAUACACACAUGCACACACACAUGCACA